AUGAAACGCUGUGCUUCAAACUCAGUCGAUGAGAGGCAAGAGAACAAGAAGAUGAAGACCACCCCAGAGGAAGAGAUCGGAUUCGCGAACUUAGACGAGAAUCUACUCUACGAGGUGUUGAAGCACGUGGACGCAAAGACCUUAGCAACGUCUUCUUGCGUGAGCAAGAUCUGGCACAGGACUGGACAAGACGAGCGUCUUUGGGAGCUGAUCUGCACGCGUCACUGGGCUAACAUCGGCUGCAGCCAAAACCAGCUCAGAUUCGUAGUUUUGGCUCUUGGCGGGUUUAAAAAACUCCACUCGCUCUACCUAUGGCCUCUCUCGAGUCCGAAUCAACGUGGUAGGUUGGGGAAAGAUGAGCUGAAACUCUCCCUUUCUCUCCUCUCGAUUCGUUACUACGAGAAGAUGAAUUUCACUAAGAGACUUCCGUAGAGUCCAAAUAAAUUACCUUCAGAUCUAGUUUUCCAGCAUCGUUCUUAUAUGUUUUUACUACUAUUAUUAUUUUGUAAGAUGCUUUCAAGCUUGUUCUCAUAUGUUUAAUGAUGUUAGUUCUGGCAUUAUCCAUGUAAGCCAGACUGUCUGAAACAGCUUGUUCUGUAAUAAUAGAGGCUGGUUUGAAUAUUUAAGUGAAAACAUA